AUGUUUGUGCAACUGCAGACGAGUUUUGGUUACACGCAAUGGACGCCCCCCGUCUAUGGAGGCGCGGAGGCUGGCUUCCUACCUUCACUUCACAAAGCGCAUCGAAGAAUGGAGCGGCCUCCAGCAUAUCAGCCAGUAUGCAGCGAUGAACAGGAAGAGAUCUCAGCUGAUUUGGAAGACAAGGGGGGCGUGUCGUGGGACUCUAAGAGUACUGAAAUCAUCCCGACUAACACACGAAGCUUCGUCGUGUACAUGUCUCUUCUGCUGCUUUCUCUUUCAGCGAAUAUCUUACUCGUGAUGGAAAAUGCAAAGCUCCGUAUCGCGCACAUUCCAGCCAAGAGUAACUAUAGUGGACUAGCCUACGACACAACUGUGCCAUAUCACGCGAUGACGGAGUACUGGCAUCCGAACGCCAGUGAUAGUGAUAUGGAGGCAGCAUGGGACGCUAUAAACACCAACGCUAUGGCAAUCACGCUCGAAGACGGAUUCGCAAAACGUAUGAGUCUACCUCCCUCUACUCGAUUCCCAUGGGAUACUGAGCGAAGCAUCUACUAUAUCAAAGGGAUCCAUGAUCUGCAUUGUCUCAAACUUGUCCGCAAAGCCAUCGUCUCAAAGCACAAGGGUGACCCCCGGCCCUUCAAUCUUCUUCACAUCUACCACUGUCUCGAUGGCCUUCGCCAGGAUAUCAUGUGCACUGCGGACGAUACACCAAUGCCAGCUCCAGUUGCGCACCAAGGGGGUGAUGGCCAGCUUCGACGGUGCCGUGACUGGGAUAAGCUGAUCUCAUGGGCCACGCGUCCUGACCAACAUGCUUGUUACGAAUUCGACGAUUACCGCGAAGCGACAAACACCCUGGAGAACUUCGCCUUCUGUCCACCGGAAUCGCCAUACCGGAAGUUUCAGGAGGCUUAUUUCCAGUAUCACGGACACAAAGACGCGUAUGAACAGAGUGUCGACAGAGAAGAAAUUGUAGUGUUCUAA